AUGGUCAAAGACUCAGAGUCCUUGGAGUCUUCUGAGGACAUGGGUAAUAUUCAGUGGCUUUACAUUAAACCAGAAAUAAAGCAAGUAACCUUUUCCUUCCCAUCUAUCACCUCUCUUUCCUUUUUUCUUCUUCUAGAAGACAGUCCUUGGAAAGCUCUAAAUGGGGGUUGUCCAAUCCAGACUGAUGCCAGGAAUUCUGCCUACCCUUUCCCAGUGUGCCCCUUCAGCACCGGCCCUGCCACCAAUGGCACUUUGCAGUGGCAGCAGGAACCCUCCAGCACGUCCAUGGUGUCAGGAUGGAUCAGUGAGUUAAACCUCAACGAAAACUCAGGUCAGCCCUUGGCACCACCCACAAAACGCCACUGCAGGUCCCUUUCGGAGCCAGACGAGCUGGCUCGCUGUCGCUCACCCUGGAAACCUGGCAAUUCAAAGGUUUGGACUCCCGUGUCAAAGAGACGAUGCAACAGCGGUGGCAGCGCAACCUUGCAACGCUGCAACAGUCAUGGAAGUGCGACCUUGCAGAGAAGCACAAGCAUCAGCCUGCCACAAAACAUACUGUCCCUCAAUAACGUCUUCACCGUCACCAGCUUCAACACAUCACCAGUACCCAGACCUUCCUCUGCCAGCAGCGGGUUUGUGGACAGCAGCGAGGGAAGCACGAGCUCCAGUACACGCUGGAAUUCCGGAGGGCCCUGUGACUUUAACCCAAGGCGUCGCCUCUCCCUCUCCCAGGAGCACAUCACUGAGACCGGGAAUCUUUUGCCUUCAGCCAACAGCACUCCCACCUCCACACCCGAGCUCAGCCGACGUCAGGGCUUGUUGAGGUGCCGCUCUCAGCCUUGUGUUCUGAAUGAAAAGAAAAGCCGGCUAAAGCGCAGACGGGAGGAGGAUGUACGAUGGAACAGGCCGUCUUUAGACUUUUUUAAAAUGACACGGGUGAGAUCUUACUUUCCUCAGUUAGUGUGUGUGAAGGGAACAGUUGCAGACGGGUUAUUUCUUGAUAAAUCAAACUAAUUUGUAGCUGUCUUUAAUACUGAUCUGUACUAACUCCCCCAGUUCAGUGGAGUUCUUAUUACGGGAAAAAUACCAGUAAAAUAUUGAACUACAUGCUGUGGAAUAUUCACUGAGCUAGCAGGUUUGCCUCCACUUCACUUAGCUGAAAGUCUGUACGACAGCAUUGGUCCUUCUACCCUUGUGAGACAGUUUACUUAUUAGCUUAGAGGAUGUUCUCUUUUAGAAAUAUGACUUGAUAAAGCUGUAGGGCAGGUAGUCAGGUGGCAAGCCACAGAGAAUGACUUACUCAUUGGCAAGUUUGGUAAUGAGCUGUGUUCUUUGUACGACUAGACAAUGUUCCAGGUUUUGUUUAAGAUGCACAUUUCUUACUUAAAGAAACAAAUAAGACCCAAUUAGCUGUGUUAAUCACUGCUGAGAUUGGGUUGCUGUAUUCCGGAAAUACUAGUGAAUUUACUUUUCAAUUGCAUGUGUGGCCUAAAACAGAUUUCUUCACUUAAGCUGAGUAUAAAAUUUAGAAGUUGCUCUUCUCAAGGCUAGAUUAGUUGCUUGCAUUCUUCAAGCUCUAGAGAUCCUUUCAUUUGUCCAUAUGUUAUACUUAAGGAAGAAUCAGCUGGAAAGGACCUGAUAGAGCUCAUGUCUAUAGGAAGGGCUUUUUAAAUAUUUAGGUUUGCUACUGAAUUGAAGAGUGUAUAUAAGACUAAUGUUCAGGCAUUCCUGAUCGCUUUUUACUUUGCCUUAUUUUGAAAGCUGUCUCAUCUUAAGCUUGAGUAGUUUAAGCAGUUUCAUUCUACGGUGUCAUAGUUUGCUGGAGUAAUUUUUUACUGUUUCAGUAUAAUCUUUCCACACUGUGUAUUAAAUGAAGGGAAGAAAGAAUAGUUGGGAAAUGUGUAGUCUUUUAAAUGAGCUGAACUUCAAUGAAGACAUCUGUUUUAAAACUAGGAAAGGGCUGAAAAUGCUUGAAGUAAACUUUGAAUCAAGUUUUCAAUCAAUGAUAUGUUCUAGAAUGGUGGUUUAUUAGCCUAUUAUUAGCCAUUAUAAGUGUAACAUUUCUUCAUAACCUGUGUUCUCCUUGUGCCCCAAGUCCUAGCAAAUGUAUAUACUUUGGAACUUACAUUGUGGUCCUAAACAUGUAUCUCUAAGCUUAAAAAAAAAAAACAAAAAA